GGUAUCCUCAAGUCUGAACCCUUGGACGGGGGUCACUUGCCAGAGGAGUUUUUUUUUUUCCCUUCCUCUCUGUUUUUUAUACUUCCUUCUUGGGCAGAAGGCUGGUGUAAUAGAAACCAGACACAAGCCAGAAUGUGCGGCAUUCACGGCGGUGAGUCCUCACUUCUUCACAGAGUGGGGAAAGAGCAUAAAAACAAAGUCUAGCCCAGUGAGGUUAGGGACUUUUCUUGUGUUAUUUUUAUUUUAUUUUUUUUUUUGUCAUUCUGGAAGCGAUCAGUAGGACGUAGAAGGCCAGGGCAUUAGAAUGAAAGUGGUAUUUCGUGGACCAAACUGUGCAGGGGAUAUCUAGAGAGGGCAAAGGAGACAUUCAGGAUGGAAAAUGCAUGUGCGUCUUUCCCAGACUAUAGUUGAAAAGCUUGUACGGCCAACAUGAGCUGGAGCUUUUUGACUCGCCUCCUGGAAGAGAUCCACAACCACUCCACCUUCGUGGGGAAAGUGUGGCUGACUGUGCUCAUCAUCUUUCGCAUCGUGCUCACAGCUGUGGGAGGCGAGUCCAUCUACUCGGACGAGCAGGCCAAGUUCAUCUGCAACACCAAGCAGCCGGGCUGCGACAACGUUUGCUACGACGCCUUCGCUCCCCUCUCGCAUGUUCGCUUCUGGGUCUUCCAGAUCAUCAUGAUCUCCACUCCCUCCAUCAUGUACAUGGGUUAUGCCAUGCACAAGAUAGCCCGAAGUUCUGAGGAGGAACGCAGGAAGCACGAAAGACUCCGCAAAAAGCCAGCUCCUCACUUGAGAUGGAGAGAGAGCCACCAUCUCCAGGAUGUCUUGGUGGAGGAAGACGGCGAUGCUGAACCCAUGAUCUAUGAGGACACACUGGAGGUGCAGGAGGCCAAGCCUGAACCAGUAAGCAGUUCUAGCAAAGACCCACCAAAACAUGAUGGUCGAAGAAAGAUUAUGCAAGAAGGCCUGAUGAGAAUCUAUGUUCUUCAACUCAUGUCACGAGCUAUUUUUGAAAUUGCUUUCCUUGCUGGACAGUAUCUCCUCUACGGCUUUACUGUUAGUCCUUUGUAUGUAUGCAACGAAUUACCAUGUCCACACAGAGUCGACUGCUUCAUCUCCAGGCCCACGGAGAAAACUAUCUUCCUCCUAAUCAUGUAUAUAGUGAGCUGUCUUUGUCUAGUGCUAAAUGUGUGCGAGAUGCUUCACCUAGGAAUCGGCACCUUUCGGGAUACCCUUCGCCUGAAGAGGACUCAGGACCGACGGAUGUCCUAUGGCUACCCGUUCUCUCGCAACAUCCCAUCCUCUCCUCCCGGGUACAACCUUGUGAUGAAGACAGACAAACCUAGCAGGAUCCCCAACAGCCUCAUCACCCAUGAGCAGAACAUGGCCAACGUGGCUCAGGAGCAGCAGUGCACAAGCCCAGAUGAGAACAUCCCCUCUGAUCUUGCAAGUUUGCACCGGCACCUACGAGUUGCACAGGAGCAGCUCGAUAUGGCCUUUCAAACCUAUCAAACCAAAAACAACCAGCAGACCUCCAGAACCAGCAGUCCUGGGUCUGGGGGCACAAUGGCAGAGCAAAAUCGAGUCAAUACAGUUCAGGAAAAACAAGGAGCGAGGCCGAAGUCAGCCACGGAGAAGGCCGCAACCAUUGUCAAAAAUGGAAAGUCCUCUGUCUGGAUCUAGAGAUAAGAUCUAAUGCAGUAACUUAACAGUAAAGAACUCCAGAACUGCACUAUUACCAAGCUGGAGGAGGUGUGAGAGGGUUUCAACUCUGGACAACAGUUAAGAUUUCAAUCACACUAGCUGAAGAGGUACAAUACACAGUAGGCCUAGUUUUUGGAAAUAUAGAAGAUACCACACCAUGCAUCAUAUUUGUAACUGUAAUGUGUCAUGUGUUGCUUGCCAUAGCUUUUGGAUACAGUUAACGUACGCUUGCUUAGUUCAAUAUCUCUUAUUCCAACUAAUAUGUGAAAGCAUAAGAACACUGCUUCAGUUUAAUUUAUAGGAUUUGACACUGACGGCUGCUGAACUGGAGAAAUUUGGGGAACUUUGAAAGCGUGUGAUUGUACCCUCAAUCAAAUUUGAAAAUGCAGUGUAAAAACACCCACACAAAUGCACAAUGACUCCUUUCUGAAGAGUGAUGAUUUUUGUUAGAAAGAUGCAUGUUUAAUACUUUGGAUGCAGUAUGGAGGAGUGUUCCUUAAAGCAAAUUAAAUGUGAAAUAUUUUCAAAAGAAUAAUGAAACAAGGAGCAUCACUAAAGGAUUUUCUGUUAGACAUCUGCUCAGUCAUUGUGUGCAAAGCCUUUAUUUACUGAACUGCGUUUCAAGCCCCUGCAGUGUCACAGAUGAAGGGAAAGAGGUAAGUUAAAAGAAAACUAACAUUAUAUUGACUUGAUUCACUAGGAACAUAGAGUCUACCCUUAGGCUACCAUGAAACUUCCAUCCGUAGACACUCAGUGAGCACUUAUCUUGUGUUUAGGUAUGUUAGAUGAGGACAUUUCAGUCUUUCUGUCACUGACGCAGUAUGUUUCUAAUACUGGUUUUAGAGUAAUAGUUAAUCCUGCCUUCACUGUUUUCAUACUUCAAAGUGCCUCGAACUUUUAAAGACUGUUCUACUAUAUUCUUCAUGACAAAAAUAAACGUAUUUGAAACUUC